AUGUCGCCUUCGCUCAGCGGCCUUGGCCUGGCUUCACCGGGCCCCUCCGACGCCGAUUUAGCAGACUUUACCAGACGCUUCGAGCAAUUCCAGCUGUUCGAGGAUGAAAAGGCGAAGUUCAUGACCAUAUUGGCCACCGAACGCGACCGCGAUCGCAACUGGAUCCUCGCAUGGCAAAAUGAGAAGCAGCAAUAUGAGAGGUCGCACCGGAACCUGCAGCGGAAUAUGGCUGAGAAUCCAUUUGUUAUGGUACUGAUUGACGGCGAUGGCAUGAUUUUUAGUGACGACUUCCUCCGCGAGGGAGAGCAAGGUGGCCGCCGGGCUGCUGUCCAAUUGUUCGCCGAUAUCCACGAGUAUAUCGAGAAUGAGUGCCAAGAUAUCCCAUUCGGUUACCGCAUCGCCUGCCGCAUCUAUGCGAACGUUCGGGGGCUGGGCGACGUGCUCGUACGCAGGGGGAUUUAUGAAGACAUCAUCGAGUUUGAGGACUUCGUGCGUGGAUUCACGCGGGGAAAGACAUUGUUCGACUUUAUCGACGUCGGUGCGGGAAAAGAUCGCGCUGACGAGAAGAUCAUCGAUUAUCAUUGCCGUCGGAUCUUCUUCGGGUGCUCACACGAUAAUGGCUACGCGCGAACGCUUGAGCAGUGCUCCGAUCGCCUUCAGGUGACAAACAAGGUGGUUCUCCUUGAGGGUGUUCCAUUUGAGAAGGAACUCGUCGGCCUGCCGUACCAAACGAAGAAGUUUCCAAGUCUCUUCAGGGAGACCAAGCUCGUGGUUUGGGGAUCUGGACCUACAUACGCCGCCAGUACAUACGCCAACGGCCUUCCACCAGCAUUUGUUCCGGGCAGGAUCGACUCGAACGAUAGUUCUAAGGCGUCUGUAGCUUCGACCGGUCUCCCAAGCCGGUUCCCAGCCCCAUCGAAGUCUCCCAUCAUGGACAGUCCUUUGCCAAACCGAGCGACAAUGAUGGCUUUGCCUAGAACGCCUUCAACAUCAACACUGGCUUCGGACAGUACGUUCCCGGCACUCAAGCCAGAUCCACCAGCGCCGUUGCUGAACUGGGCCGCUAAGGCCGCUGCUCCGCCGCCACCCGUUACAGAGACCCCAGUGUACAAGCCCGUGAACCGCGAAGAAGUCAUCGCACGUAACCGCGCCGGCCAACGCGUCGAUCCGCCGUGUAAGGACUACGAUAAGGCUGAGGUGGACCGCAUGAAGAAGAUCAAAUUGUGCAACGUUCAUUUCCUUCGAGCCGAAUGCCCCUACGACACCAAAUGCACCCAUCUCCAUGCGUACAAACCUACCAGCGACGAGUUGGCUACCCUCCGUCUUGUCGCCCGCAUGGCACCUUGCAGCAACGGCAGUGUUUGCCAGGAUAUUAGGUGUAUCUAUGGCCACCGCUGCCCAGCACCGCCCAACAAGAUUCACUACGCCAAGGGCACGAAGAGCUGUAUUUUCGGCGAGUCUUGCAAGUUCCCAGCGAGCUUGCAUGAUAUCGACACUAAUGUCGUCAAGACCCUGGUCGUUCGCUAG